CUACCUGACGCGCCCAAAGCGAGCAAGGAUGACGAAGAGCUGGUUUACUUCUCUUCCACACUUAUCCUCCCUUCCCCACCUUACAGCCAGUGGCACCAUCCUUCAUUCCUUUCGUGUUGCUGACCUCCCAUUCUACUCUGCUCGCCUGCGCUGCUGCUAUCACUGCUCAGUCUCGGACUCGUACGCCUCAAUAGCGCCUCUGAUAGUACCACUCACCUCUUCUCACUGAUAUUUCUUUUCGUCUCCUCACCUGCCCCAUUUGCCCUCGGUCGCUCUCACGCCGACGAGAAUCGGUCCUGAACAUCUAUCACUCUCGUACUGCCUCCUCUCAAGCUACGCUCGGAUGUCUUCGAACUCUCAGCAAGUUCCUCUCCUAUACGAGCCGCCAGGACAUCAUUCGCCUGAGCAUUCAUACCCACCUUCCUUCUUCACUUCCGCGGUCCCAGCUCCUCGCCAUGAUGCAGGCGCGACCUGGCAAGCCCGAAAUGACGCUACAAGACUUGAAGCUCCACCUUCGACUACGUUGCCCGCCUUAAUCCAAGCUAACCUGGAGGCGCCCAAGUCCGCCCUACUCCCAUGCGUGGCCUACAGCAAUGCCAGCCAGGCUAUCGUCUCUGCUGUUGGCAGACAGAUGGACCCUUGUCACGUCGAGCCUGCGCCUCCAGUCAGGCAGCCGAAGAAUCCCGCCCGUCAAGCGCCGGUGCCCUGGCCGAAGGUACAUACUUCUUCACCGGAUGAUCAGCCAAGCAGCGCCAACGAUAGGAGCAUCGUCGAGCAUCAGCAGCAAGCGCGACAGCCAGACACUGUGGGCGGGUUUAGGACUGGCGGCCAGUCCGAAUCUCGUGGCCGAGCAGGUGCGAAGUCGCAAAAGCAGCCUCAUUCUCCUCCACCGCGACCAGUCUGGGACAAAGACGAUGAGCUUUCGGGUCAACGCAAGGCGGAGAGAAUCAAGCGACGUAAGAUCGAGCAAUGGGCCAGAGAGGUUCGACAGCAGGCUCAACGCGAGCACCUGGCCGCUGAACGCUCCGAAACAUCAAUCAAGAGUAUCGUCUCGCUCAAACGCACUCACCAUGAGGUCAAUGAGGCAGAUGAGAGCAACUUACCUGCUUCUACAACUGCCACUUACGGCCCCGCUUUUGGUGCCACAUUCGGAGACCUCUAUGGCGGCAGAGGGAAGCUCUUCGCCGAUGCCGCAAUCCUGGGCCCUACGAACAAGCAGUCCAAUGCAAUGUCAGACUGCCUCUACCUGAAUCCGUUCUAUGGUCUAGUCGACAGCAGUCAGUUGUCCAAGGAAGCGCUCGAAGCCCAGAAUGCUCUAUAUGCAUAUCGACAACGAAAAGAACGCGACCAAAGGUCUGUCAAGGUAAAGGAUUUCAUGCCUUGCGGGUUGACCGCGCCUCAAAGCACUGAUAGUCGUCCCUCCAGCGGGUUUGCGACUCGUAAGAGAACUGAUCAAGUACGUCUUGACCCAUCUGAGAUCGACAUUGUGCGUCAACGCUCUGCAAUGCCCGUCGCUGCUCAGUCAGAUGACGUACUCGAGUCCAGACAAGGAUCAUCCUCGGAUGGCUGGCUCCGUCAGGCAGACGACAAAGGCGUCACGCCCUUUUCUCCGAACGGCGACCCAAGAAGGCAGAAGCUCCGUGACGACGACAAUCUUGUUCCUCUAGACGGAACAUCUGACGACGUCGCAGGAUCGUGGGAGCUUCCUCGACCAUACGACUAUCGUCGAGCUGUCAAGAGGCACAUGGUAGUGGACCCCGCGUCGGUCACACUGCCUCUUCUAGCCUCUGCGCGAAUCAUCACCUCUGACGAAGCGCUUCUAUUCCUCGAGGAAGGUAUAGGUGCUGAGGAGGCAGAACUGCAGGACCUGUCAAUGGAAGACGCUGUGACUAGACCAGUAGGCACACAGCAGACUGAGCGGGUCACUUCCCUAGGCAUCUCUACGAUCACUGCAAAUCACCCGUCACAUCUCUUGUCUCCUCGCCACCUCGAUCCACAACAAUACUCCGCCGCGACGCGACUAGCGCCUUCUCACUAUCUCGAUCAGCAGCCGUCGUGUGCUCACGAGGACUCGAUCGAGAUGAUCUACUACGGGCCUGAGAAGCCGAAGGAUUCCAACGAUUCUACAGCCAUUGGAGGCGGUAGGGUCAGACGUCACGCUGCAGAGGUCAUGCUCGCUUCUGGAGACGUCAGUCUUCACCUCACGCCGGCAGAAGACAUGGAAGUCGAUGUCUUUUCUGAACAUCACAGCGAUGAAGAUCAGCCUGUCGUAGAGCCCUCCUGGAAUGAGCGCAACCACGAUCAAAACGUUCGAGACGGGAGACACUGUCAUGUCGAUCAACACAGAUUGAAUCCAGGUCCGAGCUUUGACGUUGCAUCGCCAGAUCAUUUGGAAAGUGUUGCCAGCUCACCUCAAGAUCGCAGCGGCCUCUCCCAUGCACUAGGCUCAACACCUGCGGUGUCCAUCCGACCUCCUCCAGAGGACACCCUCAGCCCCUUAGAUCGCUACCGGCCCCGACCAGUGCCUCGCAAGUCACAAGAUCUCUCAACCGAGCACAGCCCGGACCCCUCGACUGGUCUUCCUGGCCAGAGGUCCUUCAGCGGCAGUGGCGACACCCUGUCCUCGAUUGAGCCUGGUGAUCACACUUACACCAAGCUCUGGCAAGCGAUCCAAACUAUGCUCGCCUCUUCUGGCAAGGGCAGCCACACCUCUCUCCUGUCGACGUCCUCUGGAUUACACAGCGGUCAGCAACUUGGCCCCCAGAGCAUGCCGCGAGAGGGGGGAGGGAAGCUCGGAGCGGCCAAAGCGUCAAUCUGCACUGAAGAUAUACCUGCGUUGGAACUUGACGGCAGCACGGGCCGAGAGGGCUCUCACGCUCCCUCUGACAUGUCGAGAGGAGCACAAAGAGUCAAAGAGAGCAAUCCGUCGGUCAGAGCCACCAACGAAAGAGGUGCAGGGCUGUACGAUGCUACAAACCGUCUCUUGUCUCCCAGAUCGUCUGCCGGCAGGCUCAAUGUUUUGGCGUCGCAGGGCACUUUAGAUCGUCGUGCCCGCGAGCAGGAGAAGAACAAGGGCGAUAGGACUUCAGGCUCGACUUCGGACUCUGCGCAACCAGUCUUGCCACUUUUGAGCCUCAGCGUCGGCAUGCAGGCUGGAGAUGACCACGCUGCCAGACCACUCCUCCAGGCACAUCCCACAUCCGCCAAGCAGGGGAACCCCUCUGGAGAAGGGAACGAGAAUGUCCGCAUCGCCACCUAUGACGAGCACAACCUCCUCGUUCCCAUCGACGGCUUGUCAGACAUGCCCAUGCACCCUUCUACGCACGCACAACUGCACGCUUUCCCUCGAGUUCCUCCUCGUCCCUCCCUACGCAAAAUGGCAAGUCGACAAAGUCUUCGAGCAAUGAGAAGCGAUGUGUCGAUGAGGACGGCGGGCUCGCUGUCCCAGUCCCAGGCACUCCUCGAUGAAGCAGGAGACCUGAGCGGAAUCCUCGAAGAGGCCAAGAGCGAUGUGGCCAUGCGCACUGCAAGCGGUCAAUCUUCGAGCCACGGCCACGGUCAUGAAGGAGCUGGAGCUGCGCCUGCAAGUGGAGUUGCGCUCGACUUCGACUCUGCAGCUCGCGAGGCGAGCAACGGUGGGUACUUGGCUCUGGCUGCGCAGGAGGAGAUGCAACAACGUGCUCUCAUCUAUGGAAAGAGGAGGCGCAGGGAGAGUGGUAGACUCCUUUGAGUGAGCACACUUCGUAUUCUUAUCCAGUCUUGUCUUGUCAUGUCGCAGUAUGAUCCUGCCCGUCUCUCUUGAACUCUGUCCGAUCGUC